GGAGCGGACAGCCAGGCCGGGGAGUCGGUUGCUAUAGCGACAUGGCAGAAGGCAACGGAGAACCCUCUCUAACCUCCCGCUCCGGAUUGGACUUCCACUCGGCAGCUAUUUACGUCAAAGGAGGCGUGCCUCUCAUUGUCCACGCCCCCUCCUUCCCGCUACACCGAGGUCUAUCAUGGCGAUACUAAAGUCCACCCACCCUCCCUUCCGGAGCCCAAGAUGGCGGCAGGGUUGUUAUUAGAGCGAGGGCGCGCGGUGACGUCACCACGCCGGCCCCACCCUCCAACCCGGAAGUACGUCUCCCUCUGUGGGUAGACCAGCGGCGGGGCGGUUCUCCGGAUAGCGGGCUUUGGUCCGCUCUGAGCGGCCAUGGCGGCAGCCGCCGAGCUGCAGGGGAAGUACCAGAAGCUGGCGCAGGAGUAUUCCAAGCUUCGUGCACAGAAUCAAGUAUUAAAGAAGGGUGUUGUGGAUGAGCAAGCAAAUUCAGCAGCCUUGAAGGAGCAACUGAAAAUGAAGGACCAAUCCCUCAGGAAGCUGCAGCAGGAAAUGGACAGCUUGACUUUCCGAAAUCAGCAACUGGCCAAGAGGGUUGAGCUGCUCCAGGAUGAACUUUCGUUAAAUGAAUCUAAAGGCAAGAAGAACAAGAAAAGUGGUGAGCCUACAUCUCAGCUGAGUCAAGAACAGAAAAACGUCUUUGAUGAAGAUCUUCAGAAGAAGAUUGAAGAGAAUGAGCGAUUGCAUAUUCAGUUUGUUGAGGCAGACGAGCAACACAAGCGUUUGGAAGCUGAGCUAAGGAACAGACUGGAGGUCUUGGAGAUGGAGGCUGCCCAACACCAAGCCGUUGUGGAUGGCCUAACUUGGAAGUACAUGGACACCAUAGAAAAACUGCAAAGUGAUAAAGCCAAAUUAGAAAUCAAAACUCAAACCUUAGAGCGGGAAGCCAAGGACUGCAGGGUUCGAACAGAAGAAUGCCAGCAGCAGCUAAAACAUCUUCAUUCUGACUUGAGUAGCAGGUUGAAGGAGUCUUUGCACAUCAUUAGUGAAAAAGUACCUUUCAACGACACAAGGUCCAGCCAGUAUAACGCUCUGAAUGUGCCAUUACACAGUAGACGACGGCAAUUAAAGCUGCGUGACCUCGCUGGCCAAGCGCUGGCCUUUGUUCAAGAUUUGGUGACGGCUCUUCUGAAUUUCCACACCUACACGGAACAACGGGUCCAGAUUUUCCCUAUUGAUUCUGCCACAGACACAAUAUCGCCAUUAAAUCAGAAGUUUGCACAGUAUCUUCAUGAAAAUGCAUCAUAUGUCCGUCCUCUGGAGGAAGGAAUGCUGCAGUUGUUUGAGAGCAUCACGGAGGACACUGUCACCGUGCUGGAAACAACUGUGAAACUGAAAUCCUUUUCUGACUAUUUAACAUCUUAUGUCUGCUUUCUCAGGAAGAUUCUCCCUUACCAGUUGAAAAGUUUGGAAGAAGAGUGUGAAUCUUCUCUUUGCACAGCUGCGUUAAGAGACAGGAACACGGAGCUCCAGAGUGACAUGAAGAAGUUGACAGCAGUUUUUGAGAAGCUGCAAACGUACAUUAGUCUUCUUGCCUUACCUAGCACAAAACCGGACCGGCUGCUUCGAACGAACUUCAGCUCGGUCUUCACAUACAUUGCUUCAUCUCUUCAUGGAUUUCAUGGUGUCAUGAAAGAUAUUUGCAAGCAUUAUAAUCAAAAAGCUGCCUUGGAGCGUGAACUCCCCACAGCUACGCAGAAGCUCAUCACCACCAAUGACUGCAUCUUAUCGUCUGUGGUAGCACUGAUGAAUGGAGCAGGCAAGAUUGCUUCAUUCUUCACCAACAACUUGGACUGCUUCACUGCCUCGCAGAGCUAUGGGCCUCAGGGAGGAGUGGAGUUCAUCAACCCCCUCUCAGCUGAGUGUAUGCUUCAGUACAAGAAGAAAGCCGUUGCGUAUAUGAAACUUCUGAAGAAGGUUGGUGUUGGUUCAUGGAUAAACUGGCGUAGCAAAAGUAACUUGGAUACACAGCAAAGAACCUUUUGAA